GGGCCGUCGACCGUCGUAGCCACUGCCAGUUGCCAAAGUGCUGUUAUAAGGGUAGGUACUGGCCAACGGUGCUCGCGGCAACUCAGGUCUUGUGAAAAAGGGAACUUUCAUUCAUAAAGGAACGAGAACUUCAGUCGAGAUGAAGGUGAUCGCAGCGUUAUCACUUCUGAUGCUGGUGCCUCUUGUAUACGGCCAGCAGGAACAAGUGCCUACCUCUGCCGUGGAGAUGGACAUCAGCAUCGGAGGAGUAUCACAAGGCACCAUCAAGAUUGGACUCUUCGACCAAGUCGUCCCUAGGACGGCCGAGAACUUCCGCGCGCUCUGCACUGGCGAGAAAGGCUUCGGCUACGCAGGCUCCCUCUUCCACAGGAUCAUUCCGAACUUCAUGCUGCAAGGGGGCGACUUCACCAGAGGGGAUGGAACUGGUGGUAGAAGCAUUUACGGCGAGAAGUUCGCGGACGAGAACUUCAUCCUGCGACACGUGGGCCCUGGUUGGCUGUCCAUGGCUAACUCGGGACCUGACACCAACGGAUCACAGUUCUUCAUCACCACGGUCACAACGUCUUGGCUUGACGGCAAACACGUCGUCUUCGGCAAAGUUUUGAGCGGAAUGAACGUGGUGAAAACCGCUGAAGCAGUCAAAACCAACAACGCUAACAAGCCCCUUCAGGACGUCAAGAUUGAUGCCUGCCGAGAAGUUCCUAUUUAAUCUGGCGACUUGUUCUAUUUAAAUAAAAAUGGUUUCGACUGGGA